AUGAUACAGCUCAUGGAGAAAAGAGAAGGAGAAAACCAAACAGCCAUCACAGAAUUCAUCCUCCUGGGGUUUGGGGAUCUCCCUGAGCUGCCGACCUUUCUCUUUCUGAUUUUUCUAGUGAUCUACAUUGUGACCAUGGCUGGCAACCUCCUCAUCAUUGCUGUAGUUGUGACUGAUCAACACCUUCACACUCCCAUGUACUUCUUCCUGGGGAACUUGUCCUUUUUGGAGACCUGCUACACCUCCACCAUCCUGCCUAGGAUGCUGGCCAGUCUCCUGACUGGGGACAGAACCAUUUUUGUGGGGGGCUGCAUGACACAGUUUUUUUUCUUUUGUUUUCUAGCAACUACAGAGUGUUAUCUCCUGGCAGCAAUGUCUUAUGAUCGGUAUUUAGCCAUAUGCAAACCACUGCACUAUGGAACCCGUAUGAAUGGCAGGCUGUGCUUCCAGCUAGCAGCUGGGUGUUGGAUAAGUGGAUUUCUUCCUUGUACAGUAAUGAUGUCUUUUAUGUCACAAUUAAUUUUCUGUGGCCCCAAUGAAAUGGACCACUUUUUUUGUGAUUUCACUCCAAUGCUAAAGCUCUCCUGCAGCGACACCAGCCUCAUCACAUUGGUUCUUUAUAUAUUUUCCUUCCUAGAUGCAGUUUCCCCAUUCCUAUUAACCUUGACAUCCUACGUUUGUAUCAUCAGCACCAUCCUGAGAAUCCCUUCUACCACGGGGAGGCAAAAGGCCUUUUCCACCUGCUCCUCUCACCUCAUCAUUGUAGCACUUUUCUAUGGGACCAUCAUGAUUGUCUACAUGCUACCAAAAUCCAACACAUUGAGAGCCCUGAACAAAGCAUUCUCAGUCAUCUACACUGUUCUGACUCCCCUGGCUAAUCCGCUCAUCUACAGCCUGAGAAACAGAGAGGUCAAGGUGGCCCUGAGAAAUGCUGUCCGGAAAUGUAUGGACCUCAUAAAGAAUUAA